AUGAACGAGCAGUUUCCAUGUAGCCUCUGCGAGAAGACAUUCAGUUCUUGGAAAGGAAAGAAACAACACGAAGGAGGGCACGGCGACAAAAAAUACAAGUGUGAAAUAUGUCAGAGUGCUUUCGGAUACUUGUCAAAUUUAAUCGAUCAUCGAUCAAUUCACAAUGAACCACGCUACUCUUGUGAUGUGUGCGGGAUGAAGAUUCGGUGA